CCCACGUGGUUUGCCGUGGCGCGUCGCUGAUUGGGUGACGCGCGGAGCUCGCGGUGUUCGCCGUGGUGCUGGUGGCCCACGCUGCUGCUGCUGCUGCGGCUGCUGCGUCUGUGGCCUUUGAGGCGAGUCGGUGGUAAUUAGUUGCCGGGAGGCUGACUCGGUGUGCACGUCGGUAUCGUGAGUGGGCUGGGAGCACGGUGAAGACAGCAGCGUGUAUGUGCGUGUAGAGGCCAGGAGGUGUGGGGAGCGGCAGUGCAGCGGAAAGCGACCGACCCGAUUUAGAUUCCCGCUCACGGCCGACUCCAGUGACCAUUAUCUGAACCGGUCCUGGGCCUCCCCGAGGUCGACUCGGCCUAAAAUUAGUACCUGGCGCGGUGUGUAAAUAUCGCCGAGAGGGAGACAAAGGCGGCCGAGUGUUGUGCUGGCCACCCACCCCCUCGUGUAACCGUGCUGCACAUGCUGUUGUGUUUAGCUACGUGUAUAACAGGCAGAUGGGUAGGUAGAAGAGUUGGUGUAAGUGGGUAGUUGUAACGGGUAGGGGGGUGGGUGUACGUGUAUCUACUUGUACAUGGGACCACGGGGUCGAAGGCGGGGUGGAGGCGGCGGCGGCGGCGGCCCGGCUGGGCCCCACAGCCGCGCGCCCGCCUGGAAGGAGGCUCGGCACCGGGCGAGGGCGGACGGGCCCCUGGAGGACAGCUUCGCCCACGACCUGCAGCUCGGCAACUCAGAGGCAGCGGCGGGAGCGAUGGGCGGCGAUGCUGAAGCGGAGGGCGACUCUGGCGCGUGCUUCAUCACCAAGAUGCCAUUCCCGCUGGCCAUGUGGGACCUUGGCCACUGCGACCCGCGGCGCUGCACGGGGCGCAAGCUGGUGGUGAAGAGGCUGGUGCAGAGCCUGCGUCUCAGCCAGCGCUUCAAUGGCGUGGUGCUGAGUCCCGUGGCCACGCGAUUCGUCUCGCCCAGCGACAGGGAGGUGGUGGCGGCGAGCGGCUUGGCGGUGAUCGACUGCUCGUGGGCUCGCCUGGACGACACUCCGUUUGGGAGAAUGCGCGCGGGUAACCCGCGCCUCCUGCCCCACCUGGUCGCCGCCAACCCCGUCAACUACGGCCGCCCCUCCAAGCUGUCGUGCGUCGAGGCCUUUGCCGCGGCGCUGUGCAUCGUGGGUUUCCCCGAGCUGGCAGAAGCGCUGCUGGCACGGUUCAAGUGGGGGCGCACCUUCCUGGUGCUGAACCGUGAACUUCUGGAGCUCUACGCGCAGGGCGGGGACGAGGCCGGCGUGCUGCGCGCACAAAACGAGUGGCUCGACAACGCCCGCUCCGAGACGCGCGACGACACUGAUAUGUUUGAUGUGGAUCUAAGCAAGGAUUGCGUCAACCCAAAUCGACUGCCGAGAGAUUUUCCAGAGAGCAGCAGCGAGGAAGAGGAAGGCAGUGGAGAUGGUAACGAGGACGGUGAUGACAAGAGCGAGGGUGGUGAUGGUGACGACGGUGGUGAUGACAAGAGCGAGGGUGGUGAUGGUGGUGAUGACAAGAGCGAGGGUGGUGAUGGUGACGACGGUGGUGAUGACAAGAGCGAGGGUGGUGAUGGUGACGGGGGUGGUAAUGACAAGCGCGAGGGUGGUGAUGGUGACGACGGUGGUGAUGACAAGAGCGAGGGUGGUGAUGGUGACGGGGUUGGUAAUGGUGGCACGAAUGAGCCGUCAAUUGAAAAGGAAAAGAUAACAGAAUAUCAAUAGGAAAAAAUCACAUUUUCAAGUCCUUGGGGAAAAAAUAUCUUAUUUUGUUUACAUUUUCUUAAGGAUUUAAUUUGAAGUGGAAAAGCAAUAAAAUAUUUCCAAAUUUC